AUUCACCGAGUACAGAGUUACCGUGUGUCUAUGCACCCAAUCUUUAGUUCAAUACAAAUAUAGCCAUAACUCUGGUAUAGAAUGGGUUCCACGUCCAAGCCGUGCUUGCCGAUCAUAGACUACAGUAAGGCUAAAACUGACCGCCUGGCGGUGGCUAGAGAGCUAGUGGAUGCGCUAGAGCAUGGAGGUUUCGCCUACAUUGACAAUGUGGACUGUUUUGAACCGUGGGAGUUGCUGAAGAGGGCAGAGUGGUUCUUUUCUAAACCGGACGCUUGGAAAAGGAAGGUUGCAACGAAAAACUACAACCAUGACCCAAACUGCAAAAACGUAUAUCGUGGCUACUUUGCACCAAACCCAGAAGGCAAUUCCUACAAAGAAGGAUUCGAUUUUGGCGCGGAGCUGCCUUACGAUGACCCAAUCAUGAAGCGCACCCUUCUCUAUGAGCACGUCACGUGGCCAGAUGAAGACGACGACUGUCCAAACUUCCGAGAAUAUCUUCAGAAGCAUCAUGACAAUAUGACAGUGGUUUCUAAGGACAUUCUCCGCAUGAUUGCUCUAGGAUUGGGCUUAGAAGAAAGUGCAUUUGACAGCAUGAUUGAGAAUAAGCCUAUGUCGACGAUGCGCAUGCUUUGCUACCCUGUCCGAACAGGACCUCAUCCGGAAGCCGCCGUGGGAUCUGACGGGAAAAAGCUACACUGUGAUGAACACACCGACAGCGCUCUGUUGACUCUUCUGGCAACGUUCAACUUCCCUGGGCUGCAGAUACAGAAGGACGACGAAAACAUCGCCAUGACAGAAUGGCUGACCGUGGACUGUCGCCUGAACUCGCUCGUGAUGAACAUCGGCGAGUGCCUAUCGCGCAUGACUGGCGGGAUAUUGAAAGCCACGCGUCACCGUGUUCUCGAUCUUGGCGUCCAAAGGAUUUCCAUGCCGUUCUUCCAGGGGGCAAGAUAUGACGCCGACAUAUCACAGGUCUUCGUCGGGGACAAAUCUCACGGGGACAAGUGGAUAACUGAUCCAACAUGUACAACUUACGCGCUCUGGUCACUAAAACGGUACAAGGCGAAAAGUAAUACGGAAUACGCAAACACUGAACUUUAUUGACAAAUUAUGAACAAAUUCUUUUAGAAAAUCCCUUUCAUUCAGAUCAUUUUAAAGCUUUCUUUUAUCUUGUGUUUGAAAUUUCCAAGACGACCUCAGGAGCAAAUAAAAUGACGGUAGAUGAAAAGGAUCAGGAAACA